AUGAUCGUCUACUCUCCCUCCAUCCAACAUCCAGGUCGACAUCGUAACCCGUCCGGAUCCAACCUCACCUUACCCACCUCGUCAACAUUCAGGAGAUUGCCCACACUCGCCAGAAGCCCUUUUAGACGGUCAGAGAAAACUUCCACUCCGCCUCCUACAGUCGAUAUAACACCUCCAAACAAUGGGACAACAGAGACAGUAAAUCAUCAUAGAGGUUCGACAUUUCCCUCAUUAUCUCAAGUGGUAGUAGAUGAUAGUUCAGUUUCUUCCGCUUUCUUCGCUUCGACAUCAACGACCGAGAAUAAAGAAUCCAACAUAUCGGAAUCAGGACUGUUACCACCUUCCAGAACAUCCUCAUUACUCAAUACACCUGAUUCUAGUCAGUCCAGUCUUCAACCACCUGUAUCACCUUUCACCAGCCAAUAUCAGUCCCCAUCAAAUCUAGGUGCAUCACCUAUGAUCAAUAACAGAACACCCACACCACCAGGUAACGAAUCUGAUUUAGAACCUAUAACAUAUCCUGCUCACAUGGCACAGAUGAGACCCGAUUCUCAACCUGUUGCAUCCGCAUCCGGAUCUACAUUCAAUUCAUCGAGGACCAUACCUCGUACACGCGAUCUCACCCCGACCGCCUCCCCAUCAACCACCACUAGCCAGUCUCAACCUCAACCUCCCGAGUUGGGUCCCAUACAUCGUACGACCAAUGGACCUCCUGUAGGAGUGCCAAGGCGGAAAGAAUCUAUACCUGGGAACUCACUCGAAGAUGUAACGGGAUCUGGAUCUGGAUCUGGAUUUGGUAAUCCUAUAGAUCGGUUGAGGGACGGUGAGACGGAUAGUGGAACUGAAGACACGGUCACAACGAGGAAAAGAUCAAAUACCAAACCUUCCUUGCCAUCUGCAUCUACAUCCAAAUCUAGAGAUAGAGAUAGAGAUAGGUCGUUGACCGUACCUGCUCCUGCCUCAUCAAGUGCUGACGGAUCGACAAUCAAGGAGAAAGAUAAAGAUAAGAUACGUAAGGUAUCAUCGAAAACAUCUCGUCAACCAAUAUCAUCAUCUAGGAUUUUAGAACCAUCAUUGCCCAAUUCGAAAAAUGUCGGUAAAGCACCUGCGAGCUCAAUGUACUAUUCUCCUGUACCUUUUCAUGGUAGACCGCCCAAUCAGGCCUUACGAGCGCACAGCGGGACGUUAGUCGGAGAGAGGAUAUGGAUUAUUGGAGGGGUGGAUAAAAGUAGUUGUUGGAGGGGUGUAGCGUGGUUUGAUACCGAGAGUUUAUUAUGGUCCACUAUAGAAACUAGAGGUGAACAGUUCCCGCCCCUGAGAGCUCACACGACAACGUUGGUAGGCGAUAAAUUAUUUAUAUUUGGUGGGGGAGAUGGUCCAAGUUAUAGUAAUGAAGUUUGGAUAUUGGAUACCGUCACACAUCGCUUCUCACGUCCUACGAUCGGUACACCUAAAACGCCCAUCCCACCUCCUCGCAGGGCCCACACCACAGUCCUGUAUAAGAACUACCUGAUAGUAUUUGGAGGAGGGAAUGGACAAGCGGCACUAAACGAUGUUUGGGCAUUGGAUAUAACAGAUUCCAAUAAUCUAAGUUGGCAAGAAUGGAAGACCAAAGGUGAUAUCCCGCAGAAAAAGGGUUAUCAUACUGCCAAUCUAGUAGGGGAUAAGAUGAUUGUUUUUGGGGGUAGUGAUGGACAUGCUAGUUUCGCUGAUAUACAUAUAUUGAAUUUGCAAACUCGAGUAUGGACGUUGAUAUCGACAGACGUGAAACAUAAUAGAUUAUCACAUACUUCCACUCAAGUAGGAUCAUACCUGUUCAUCAUUGGUGGACAUAAUGGACAGACCUAUGCUCAGGAUGUCUUACUAUUCAAUCUUGUGACACUCCAAUGGGAGACGAAAUCGCCCAAGGGGGUUAUACCUCCCGGAAGAGGGUAUCAUGUUGCGUUACUACAUGACGCCAGGAUUUUCAUAUCGGGUGGGUAUAAUGGUGAAAGUGUCUUCGAUGAUUUGUGGACUUUGGAUCUGAGUGCUGGCGCUUAUCUACCACAAGUUACAACUUUCGAAGUUGAUGAAACUGCCGAACAGGUCAGAAGAAUGCUUGAAUCUAACAAUAUAUAA